AUGGCAGGUCCCAGCAGGAAGCAAAUGUUAAGGUUUCUUAGCCAGCUUGGAGCGUUUAUUUUGACCCGUUUCGGGUUUUGGAACUGCUUCAGCAUGCUGAUGCUGUUUGCUGAAAGAGCGGACUCAAAAAGAAAGCCGGACAUCCACAUACCGUACCUGUACGUGGACAUGGGGGUGGCCGUCCUCUGCGCCAGCUUUAUGUCGUUUGGCGUGAAGAGGAGGUGGUUCGCGCUGGGCGCCGCCAUUCAGCUGGCGGUCAGCACGUAUGCAUCCUACGUCGGGGAGCAGGUGCAUUAUGGGGACUGGUUAAAGGUCCGGAUGUACUCCAGAGCGCUGGCCAUCAUUGGGGGCUUCCUGGUUCUGGCCAGUGGUGCAGGGGAGAUUUACAGACAGAAGGCACGUAGCAGAUCUCUGCAGUCCACUGGACAGAUCUUUCUGGGGAUCUAUCUCAUCUGUGUGGUGUACUCCCUGCAGCACAGCAAAGAGGACCGACAGGCCUAUCUGAACCACAUAGCAGGAGGGGACAUCACUCUGAUGCUGGUAGAGGUUCUGUUUGGAGUUCUGGCGCUGGCCUUCCUCUCCGGAUAUUACAUCCGCCUGGCGGCUCAGAUCCUGGCCACCGUCCUUCCUUUGGUCAUCCUCCUCAUCGACGGGAACAUCAGCUACUGGCACGACAAUCGCAAGGUGGAGUUCUGGAACCAGAUGAAGCUGAUAGGCCACAAUGUCGGCAUUUUUGGCGCCGUGUUGAUUCUAGCUACCGAUGGUUAAGAGCCAGAGACGUUUACAGACCGAGGAGAUCGUUGUGGCCCUUUGGUUUUGGUCAUAGCCUGAAUUUUGCUAAAAAGCUGCUGCAGCAACUCAGGAUUCAAAACGCUCCGAGCUCAAACGGUGGGACACAACAUUUUAUUUUUUAUUGCAAAUUUCAUUAUUUAUUUGGUGUCAUGUUUACACGCUCCGAAACAUUGUGCCAAGUGCUGGUACGAUAAUCAUGCAGAGAACACUUACUCCAGUAAGAAGUGUUAAAAAGUCCAAACACUUGUUACAGUUGAAACGUUUUAUAAGAAAAGGGAAACAUGUUAAUGCUUACAAGUUUUUAAUUAAAUGAGAGAACAGUUUGUAUCUUCUGUUUGGGUAAUAUUUACAUUGAAUGUAUAAUUUUUAUCAUGAGAACGUUUGAUCUUUUCGCUGCUUUACAAAAGGCUGAACUGUAACUUUGUGAAAUCGACAAUUUCUAAGGAAGAACGCACGAACGGCAAGAAAAAUACAAACUUACAUUUUACUGUAUUCAAUAUAACGCAUCAUCCUCCAGACCAAGAAAAUGUCUUAU